UGCAAGUGAAACUUUAUAAGCAAGUCAGAACAAGUAAAUGACAGUCGAUGAAGCUUAUAUACCACUUCAGGUGGAUGAAGAUAUCGUAUUAAAUAAUAUUUCACCGUAUUUCAAAGUAAGCAAAACAAAAUAUGGAGGUCGUGGAUGUUUUACAUAUCACGAUAUACCGAAAGAUACCGUUAUACUAAGAUGUCAACGCCCUAUAAGUCAUUCAGUAACGAAACCAUUUAAAAAGGAAUGUUGUAAUUAUUGUUUUAACUAUUUUAAUGGAAAAAUUUUAAAGUCAAAAAUAUCAAAGAAGUAUGGUAAGGAUACUUGUUCUAUAUUUUUCUGUUCUGAAGAGUGUAAAGAGAGUUUUAUUAGUCAAGAUGUGAAUGAUAUAUAUCAAACCAGUUUAUUAUUAAUAGAAAAGCAUUAUCUCAAUAGUCUUGGUAAAUUCGACCUAGAAUUAAAGGAACCACCCAAGAAUCAGGAUCUAGAUCAAAUUAUAGUACAAGAAUGGAACCAUGUAGAAGAGUGGGAAGAUAAAUUGAAUGCUAUGAAACCAGCUAAAAGAAGUAAUCAAAUACCUCAAAUCAAUGAUAGUGAAUAUUUAGAAAUCAAGUACGUUGUUGGAGUACUCUUUCAAAGGUUUAAACUACUGACUUUAACUACAACUCCCAAUAAAUACCUAGAAGAUAUACAAUCUGAUGAAUUAAUGAAACGUGAACUUGAACUCUUUGAAAUCUUACAGUCCAGUGAAACUGAAAAAGUUGAGAAAUUCCCAUAUUUGCUUUAUUCAUAUAUAAAUAUCUAUAAGUUUAUUAAAGUAACUAGUUUACCAGAAUUACAGCCAUUCAUAAAUCCACAAAGAGUAAGAGAUACAAUAGGUAGAAAUCUCACUAAUGCAUUUGGUAUUUGGUCGGAAGUGUUAAACCCAACUGAAGAUAAAGAAUUCUUAGGAUUUGGUGUAUAUCCUUCUGCCUCAUACUUUAAUCAUUCAUGUUCUCCCAAUUUAAUUAAAAAGAGAAUAAAUAAUACCUUGACAUUUACAACCAAGAGAGAUAUACAAGCAAAUGAAGAACUUUGUAUUGAUUAUGGAAGUUAUUUAGAUGAAAAUGUGAUAGUUAGAAGGAAAGAAUUAAGCGAAUGGUUCUUUGAGUGUGGUUGUGAAAAAUGUAACAUAGAUCUAGAAAAACUCUGCAUCUAAUAAUAUAUAUUA